UUGUUAUUUUUCCAUUUAUGUUUGUACAUUUUACAAAUAUAAAAUUUUCACCUUAUUAUUUUGUUGAUAAAAAUCUUUCUAUCUACAAAUUAUGUAAUAUUAAGUGGAAAUUUUUUAAAAAAAUUUAAAGAAAUUUAUAAAAGUAAAAAAUUUGAGAGAAAAUUUUAUUUGAAGAAAAAAAAAAUUUGUUAUGAAAAAGAAAAUUUAAGAAAAAUUUUGCAAAUAUUUGGAAAAUAUUUAAAAGUAUAUUUUCUGCAAUACAAUUAACAAAAUUUUACCAAGAAGUAAAUAUGACACUUUAGAUCAACAUUAAUUAAGAUGCCACCUACCUGCCUAUAGUGUAGAAUUAACUAAAAGUUUUACUAUAAAUUUUUAUAUCGAAAAAUAAUUUAUAGAAAAAUAAUCGUUUAAAUUUCAUUAUGGACAAAAGAUCAAGUUUCAGAUUGGAAGAUCAAUUACUACAAGAAUCACCAAUUAAUAAGAAUUCAUUGAAAAAAACAAGACCGGUUCCAAAACGUAAGCGUUUUCAAAAUUUAAUUAAAAGUUUUAUUGGUCGUGGGAAACAACAGACAAUUGAUUCACCAACUGUUGAUAUCACAGAUGCUACUGCCACUACAACUAUAGCACUUGAACCACAAGCAAAAAUUGAAAAUGAUGGAAUUAAUAAGACAAUUGAACGGCAAAAUAUUUAUGAGAAUAAUGGUUCAAAUAUACAAUUAUGUGAUAAUCAAAAAUUAACCGAGAGUACAUUAUCUUUAGUGACCGUUCAGCAAAAACUCUGGAAUGUUGUGCCACUUUUAAAAAGAGAAAAUAAUCGACAAAAUUCUAUUAAUGGAAAAUCAAAUUCUGUUGUUAAAUAUACAAGUAUGAGAAAAUGUGAGACUGUUUUAGCUCUUACUAGGCAAUUUUCCACUUAUUCUUAUAUACCAGAAGAUGUUGAAAUUGAAAAUUAUAAAAGUCCCGGAACAUUUUAUAAAAGAUCAAUUAGUUUAAAUGUGCCUGAAUUAAAACAUUUUCAUAAUAUUGAACCAAUUCAACCAUUAAAUAGGCUUAGAAGUUGUAAAUCCAUUACAAGUAAUACAAAUUGUUCAAGGUGUUCUAGUAUUUUAUCAGAAUCUCAAUCACAAUCUUCAGUUAAAAAUGAAACACAAGAAAAUGAUAGUAGUGAAAGAAGAUUUUCUAAUUUCGAAUCAAUAAAUAAAAUUAAUUACAUUCCUCGUACGGAUUCAGAAGAAAUUCAUCAAUUACGUAGAACAAGUAUAAAAAGUAAUCGGAAUUCUAGUGAAAAAGAUUAUGUCGAUGGUAAAACUGAAAUAAAUCCAGAUCAACUUUUUAUUUGUAAAUUGUGUUUAACUGAAACUGAUUCAAAAACAGAUGCAACAAAAAUUAAUUAUUGUGGUUGCAAUUUUUGUACAGAGUGCAUGAAAUAUUAUGUAGAAUUUGAAAUAAAAGAAGGUGCUUAUGAAAUAUCAUGCCCAGAUGCACAAUGUCCAUUAGAAGGUGUACUUAAUUUAACAGAAAUUUCAGCUUUAGUGCCUGCCGAUAUAAUGGAAAAACAUCAUAGAUACAGAUUCAAUAGAGAAGUUGAACUGGAUAAAUUUAGGACAUGGUGUCCACGUGCUGGUUGUGAAACAGUCUGUUUAAUAAGUCCACAAUCAACUUCAACAACAACAAAUUGUAAAACAAUGAUUCCAGGAUCUUCAAGCUCAACGAAAUGCAAUAAAUCAAAUGAAUCCAUUAUACCAUAUGCAGUUCAAUGUCCAACAUGUCAAGAAGAAUUUUGUCCCGAAUGUAGAAAACCGUGGCACCAAAAUUUAUCAUGCGAAGAAUAUAGAAAACGUUUAGUUGAAGAAGGACUUUUAGAGGAAAUAAGUGAUUUUCCAUAUGAAAGUGAUUCAAUAAAGUUUUGUCCGAUGUGUGGUGUUCCAAUUGAAAAAGAUUCAGGAUGUGCUCAAAUGAUGUGUAAACGAUGUAAACAUGUUUUCUGUUGGUAUUGUUUAGCAAGUUUAGAUGAUGAUUUUCUAUUACGACAUUAUGAUACCGGACCAUGUAAAAAUAAAUUGGGACAUUCAAGAGCAUCUGUUAUAUGGCAUCGAGCACAAGUUAUUGGUAUUUUUGCUGGUUUCGGAAUGUUAUUAGUUAUUGCUUCUCCGCUUUUACUAUUAGCUGUCCCUUGUAUAUUAUGCUGUAAAUGUCAACCCUGUUGUAAUGGUGAAUCUAAAACCGAAGAUGCUGAUAAUGAUUUUGAUGAAGUGCCAUUAGGAAGAUAGAAAUACAUUUUACUUAUUUCAUACAAUUUCAAAAUAUAAUUAUUAUAUAUACAUAAUAUUAUAUUCUUUUAAUAAAAAUUAAUAUAUUUCAAUUGCACAAUUUCAAUAAAAAACAAAAUAAAACAAAAAAAUAUUUAAUAUGUAUCAGAAAAAAAAUAUAUAUAUAAAAUUUUUUUUUUAAUUUAGAAUCAUUUUAUUAACAAUAAUAUUAUAUAAAUAAUUCUAUAUAUAAAUUAUAAUUCUGUUUAUUUUUAACAAAGUAUAGAUUUUCCAAAUCAAAUUUAUCAUUAUUUCAUGGUAUAUGAAACAUUAGAAAACAAUUAAUAUCAAAUAAAAUCAAUAAAUAAAUGCAACACUUUAGCUAGAAUUUACCAUAUCUAUACUCUUAAUUAUUAUAAUUAUUAUGAAAAGAAAAACCAAUGUUAUAAAGCUUAAGUA